UUAGAGUACCCAAUGAGCGUCGUGGCCAGGCCCCCGUGCGCGGGGCGCCGAGCCAAUCGGCGGCGGCGGCGGGCGGGCGCGGGCGGCAGAGGCGGCGCGGCGGCGGCAGAGCGGGCGCUGCGGCAGGAGGGAAGAUGGCGGACGAGGAGAAGCUGCCGCCCGGCUGGGAGAAGCGCAUGAGCCGCAGCUCAGGCCGGGUGUACUACUUCAACCACAUCACCAACGCCAGCCAGUGGGAGCGACCGAGCGGCAACAGCAGCAGCGGCGGCAAAAAUGGCCAGGGGGAGCCCACCAGGGUCCGCUGCUCACAUCUGCUGGUCAAGCACAGCCAGUCACGGCGGCCCUCGUCCUGGCGGCAGGAGAAGAUUACCCGGACCAAGGAGGAGGCCCUGGAGCUGAUUAACGGCUACAUCCAGAAGAUCAAGUCAGGAGAGGAGGACUUUGAAUCUCUGGCCUCACAGUUCAGCGACUGCAGCUCGGCCAAGGCCAGGGGAGACCUGGGUGCCUUCAGCAGAGGUCAGAUGCAGAAGCCAUUUGAAGACGCCUCCUUUGCGCUGCGGACGGGGGAGAUGAGCGGCCCCGUGUUCACGGAUUCUGGCAUCCACAUCAUCCUGCGCACCGAGUGAGGGUGGGGCGGCCGGGCCUCGCCCGCGGGGUGGAGCGGGCGGGACAGGGCGCCUGGGCCUGCAGACUCCACUCCCCGCUCCCUGC